UGAGAAUCAGUUCCAGUUUUAUUUUUGUUAUCUGGAUAGAUAAAAAAAAAUAAAAAAUGGAGACAUCUCUGCGAUAUGGAGGAGAUUCCAAAGCCUUGAAAAUCCACGCCAAGCAAAAACUUGAAAUCGAUACCAAUACCUUCUUCCAGAUUCGUGGAGAGCUUGACACAAAAAGUGGACAACCAAAUUCCUUGAGUGCUCUCAUUCGACAUUAUUACCCAGAUUUAUCAGCAACCCUUGGAGUAGGAGUGCGAUAUGAUAAACAAGACGGCGUAGGAGGAGCUCGAUAUGCUAAAAAUGACAAGUUACACUAUACUGUACGUGCUAAGAAAACAUUUCCUGUGACUAAUGAUGGUCUCAUUAAUUUCAAAGUUAAGGGAACAUGUGAUGUUGAUCAAGAUUUUAAAGAGAGGAAAUCCAGAGGAGGGGCUGAGUUUUCAUGGAACAUAUUUAAUUUUCAGAAGGACCAAGAUAUCAGACUCAGAGUUGGCUAUGAAGCUUUUCAACAGGUUCCUUAUCUGCAGAUUAGGGAGAACAAUUGGACAUUUAAUGCAGAUUACAAAGGUAGAUGGAAUGUGAGAUACGACUUGUGAGAUAGCAGAACACUUUUUUCUGUAAACAUGUUAUGCUUGUCAUUUUUUGGUAGACAUGUUCUGUUUAUCAUCCCAAACCUAAGCCCCUCACCCAAGAAAAGCGGCCAUAUGCAUACAUUUUAAAUUUGGUCAUUAAAGUGAAGUGCAAUACGGUUGAAAAUAAAUUUGCUUGAUUUAUUUUUUAUUUAUUUUAUCAUUUGUAUUAGAAUUCUUAAACACAAAUUGGCCUGAAUCAAACUAUGUAAACUAGAUUAGAUGCAGCAAUUAAGACUUUAAUGUGAUAUGAAUACCCCUUGGGGGCGUAGUUCAAAUGGUUGAGUUGAGACAUAGCUCGAAACUUGAGAAGGUUAAAAAAAAUUAUGAAAUGACAAUAUGUACUGGAA